AUGUACCUGGACUUUCUGGACAUUCUAUUGACUGCUAAAGAAGAAGAUGGUAAUUGUUUGUCAAAGGAAGAUACUGUGUAUGUAGAGGUGGAUACAUUUCUGUUUGAAGUGUGUGCCAUCUUCUGGAUCCUGUAUUCUUUGGCAAAACACCCAGAUCAUCAGAAGAAAUGCCAGGAGGAAAUUGACAGGGUUGUCAGUGAAAAAAAUCUGGGGAACUUGAAUGGUAUAAAAAAAAAUACAACUGGCAGUUUUUCCUUGAUUAGAGAGAGAGAGAAAGAAAGAGAGAGAAAGAGAGAUAAACUGGAGUACCUUACAAAGUGCAUCAAAGAAGGAAUGCGACUACACUAUCCUGUCCCUGGAAUUCUUAGAAUCAACCAGUCCUCAAUCACAGUUAAUAAUCAUGUAAUCCCAGCUAGAAGUACGAUAGUCAUCCAUAUUUACAGCUUACACCACAAUGCUGAAGUCUGGGGAGAGGACCACAUGAAAUUUAAACCUGAAAGAUUCACAAAAGAAAAUAUGGAAAAGAGAGACUCAUUUGCAUUUUGUCCAUUUUCUGCUGGUCCAAGGUAA